CAAAAUCAUGCAGUUUUCGAUUCUUUUACUUCCAGAUUAUUGAUCACUGGUGGUGCACGGAAACUCAACCACAAUGGCGACGAAACCUUCCACCACCACCGAUGUUCCUGAAAUUGCGUCGCCGGAAAUAUCUCCGGAAGUGAACCCAAAACACUCUUCCGAGACGCUAUUGUUUUUCAAGCUUAUGGGUAUUGGCGUUCCCGUUCCUGAAAACUGCAACGCCAAUGGCUUCUUCGAUUCUUUCCUUCGGAAUUUCAUCAAAGUCGAUCAAAUCCAACCUGGUCGAAUCUCUUGCACUCUUAUCGUCAAACCACCUAUCUGUAAUGGCUAUGGGACACUGCAUGGAGGGGCGGUUGGGUCAUUUGUUGAGGUUUUGGCAACUGCUUGCGCUAGAACUGUAGUUGCUGAGGACAAACAACUUUUUCUUGGGGAAAUUAGCAUUUCUUACCUCUCUGCCACUCCAGCAAAUGAAGAAGUGGUAGCUAAUGCUUCUGUGGUGAAGAGUGGAAGAAAUUUGACUGUAGUUUCACUUGAAUUCAAAUCGAAGAAAACUGGAAAUUUGCUUUAUCUUACUCAUGCUACUUUCUAUAACAUGCCAGUUUCCAGCUUAUGAUCACAUAGCUUUCGGGUGAUUCUGCAGUUCCAUUUAAUGUAGGUAAUAACAAAAUACUUUUGAAUAAUCUGGCUGAUUCUUAUCUUGUAUACAUGUAUAGUGUUAUUCUCCUCUUUAUGCCAAUGGCUAUGUCCAUUGUAAUUUUGUAAUAAUGAUAAUUUGUAACGAUAUGAUAAUGAUAUUGUCAAAAAUAGAAUAUCAUAAGCUUUAAUUUA